GCCCCAAAGAGUCUCCCAUUUCUUACUGUGGCGAUGGCCGCAGGCGAGCGGAACUCAUGGCGGCUGCGGACCGGCCCUUACCUCGGCGAGAUCUCCGCCCUCUCAUUCAUCCCACUCUCUCCUCGCAUGUCCUCCUUUCCCCUUCUCCUCGCAGGAACUGGAUCUGAGCUUCUGGUUUACGAUGUCGAAUCUGGGAAACUCAUCAACACCUUCCAGGUGUUCGAAGGUGUUCGCGUUCAUGGCAUCUCUUUGCGAUCUCCUGACACAAAGGAGGAUUUUUUCUCUUCGGAGGCUGAUCACCUUGUUGCCGUCUUCGGGGAGCGGCGAGUUAAGCUCUUUUUCUUGCGUGUUGACGUGGGGUUGACUGAUCGUGCCGGCGGCGAGUUGAGCGUGAGGCUGGAUUUGGUCCAGCGCUUGCCUGGGUUUGAUCACUGGAUCUUGGAUGCGUGUUUCUUGAAGGAGGACGAGCUUCUUGCAAUGGGGCUCAGUGACAACUCUGUAGCGUUGUGGGACCUUACGAGUUCUGCCGUGGUUGCCCGAGUGACGUCUUCAGAGAGGUGCCUCUUGUAUUCGAUGAGAAUGUGGGGAAAUAGCUUAAAGGUUCUCCGAGUAGCGUCAGGAACAAUUUUUAAUGAGAUUAUAGUUUGGAAGUUAAUUCCAGAAUCUCCACCUUCUUCUCCUGCUAUUUUGAUGGAGCAUCCUUGUCGCAACACAUCCAGCUGUGCAAUUACUCAGAUUGAUGGCAGGAAUUAUGUAGCGUUUCAUUUGAAUAGACUCAUUGGACAUGAAGGCUCGAUUUUUCGUAUGGCCUGGUCAUCUGAUGGAACAAAACUGAUGUCUGUUUCUGAUGAUCGUAGCGCUCGUAUAUGGAUAAGUGCGGGCCAAGAGCAAGAAUUUGAUAAUUUCAAGGAGUUUUCAUCUGACCUCAUAUUGUUUGGUCAUAAUGCUAGAAUUUGGGACUGCUAUAUGUCUCAUUCUGUAGUAAUUACAGCUGGCGAGGACUGUACAUGUCGAGCUUGGGGAAUGAAUGGUAACCUAUUAAUGAUAUUCAAGGAACAUAUUGGAAGAGGCAUAUGGCGGUGUUUGUAUGAUCCAGAUUCUUCACUUCUUGUUAGUGCGGGAUUUGAUUCUACAAUCAAAGUGUAUCAACUCUAUUCUUCUUCAUCUAUGGAGACAAGAGAACAAGGUGGCUUAAUAGAUGAUCUAAAGGACCAGAGAGAAAUUUUUGAAAUUUGUGCUCCUAAAUUAACAAAGCAGCUUGGUCUGAUGGACAGCAAAAGUGAGUAUGUUAGAUGCAUACGGUUUACUCGAGAGAAUAUACUUUUUGUCGCUACGAAUAAUGGGUAUUUGUAUCAUGCUGAAUUGUCCAAUCCUGGGAAUGUAAAGUGGACUGAACUUAUCCAAGUAAGUGAAGCACAGAUUAUUUGUAUUGAUAUAUUGUCCAGAAACUUCUCAGAGUUCUCUUUAGAUGCGGAAGAAAUUGUUGCAAUUGGAGAUGGUAAUGGAAAAGUGACAGUUGUCAGUCUGACCAAUGGAGACCAUGCCCCCAAAGUGUCAUUAUCUUUUUCUUGGUCAGCAGAAAUGGAGAGACAACUGCUAGGAGUCCAUUGGUGCAGAUCAUUGGGUAGUAGCUAUAUUUUUACAUCGGACCCUAGAGGAAUGCUGAAGUUAUGGAAAAUUAAUAAGGAUUCAUUACAAUCUAAUUCUCAAAACACCACCAGAGGUCCCAGUGCAUUUCUUCUUGCAGUGUUCGCAUCAAGUUUCAGACAUCGAAUCAUCUGUAUUGAUGCAUUGAGUAAAGAAGAGAUUCUUAUAUGUGGUGACAAACGUGGAAAUAUUACUCUUUUUCCUUUGUCGGAGGAACUGAUGGUAGCAAACCAUGAGGAUGUAAUGAAGAAUAUCACUUCACUUGAUCAUUUUAAAGGUGCCCAUGGCAUAUCUAGCGUCACCAGUAUUUACAUUGCCAGAUCAUACUUCAACCAUGUUGAAAUACAAACGACUGGAGCAGAUGGAUGCAUUUGUUAUUUUAAAUACGAUAAAAUCCAUCAUAAAGUUGAGUUCCUUGGGAUGAAGCAAGUGAAAGAAAUAAGUAUGAUUCAAUCUGUAUUUUCGAGCUCCAACUCGGAGGACAUGGUGCUGGGCAAUUAUGCAGUUGGUUUUACCUCUGUGGACUUCAUCAUGUGGGAUCUAACAAAUGAGACAAAGACAAUAAAAAUUCCUUGUGGUGGAUGGCGCAGGCCAUAUUCUUUUCAUUUUGGGGCAGUUCCAGAGCAUCAAAAUUGUUUUGCAUAUCUGAAGGACCAUAUUAUUCAUGUUCAUAGGCUUUGGGUGGUUGCUGGGGAAAAGUUAUUUCCUAAAGUGUUGCAUAUGCAAUAUCAUGGAAGAGAGAUACAUUCUUUAUGUUUCAUUUCACUUGGUCUCAUAUCAAAGAUAAGUAAAGGUUGUCAUUCAUGGAUUGCAACAGGUUGUGAAGAUGGAAGUGUGCGGCUGGCAAGAUACUCACCUACUGAAAUGGGAGGCUGGUCUGAGUCAAUAUUGCUUGGUGAACAUGUUGGUGGAUCAGCUGUGAGGUCUAUAUGCUUCAUCCCAAAGAUAUAUACCUUCGGAAGUCAAAUACACAAUACCUCUAAUGGAUGUGCAUACCAUACUUCGGCCAAUAGUAAUGAAGAUCAACUUUUAUUGCUUUCUGUUGGUUCCAAGCAAGUCCUGACUUCUUGGGUCUUGCGAAAUAGUACAGCAGAAAACAGGGAUUCUAAAUAUUUAUCUGAUCCUUCCAAAUUUCAGUUCUCAUCAGUAUCUUUUCAGUGGCUCUCAACUCAUAUGCCACAGAAGUUCGCUAAUAGUCGAAGAAAAGUGGCAAAGCCAAUAAAACUUUCUGAGGAAGGAAGUUGUUCAGAAAAGACAAGCACAGAAUCUGAUCAAAUUUCCAGAUUAAUGUCAAGUGAGUGCAGAAAAGACAAGCAUGAUUGCACCUUUGUGGAUCAGAUUGAUAAUGACUGGAGAUACCUGGCUGUCACUGCUUUUCUUUUGAAACAUGUGAAUAGCAGGUUUACAGUAUGCUUCAUUGUGGUUGCUUGUUCUGAUGCAACAGUUAUGUUAAGGGCUCUUCUUUUGCCUUAUCGGUUGUGGUUUGAUGUUGCUUUGCUGGUUCCAACAAAGUCCCCAAUACUAUCGCUGCAGCAUAUAGUUGUUACUGACUCUGCCCAAAUUGGAAAUGCAUAUUUCCUUAUAAGUGGAUCUACUGAUGGAAGCAUUACCUUCUGGGAUCUCACAGAGGCAGUUGGGUUCUUUAUGCACCAAGUCUUGGAUGUUCAACCACAGAUGUUUAUUGAUUGUCAGAGACGACCACAAACAGGGAGAGGAAGCCAGGGUGGAAGACGGUGGAGAUCAUUGGCGAAUCUAUCUUCUGAGAAGAGAUCCAGAAAUUCUGAGGGCAUUAACAAUGUUACCAAUCUGAAUGAUUGUGAAAAUGGAUUUGAAACUUCAUCUACCUCAGAGAAUGAUCAGACAAUCUAUCCAUUAGGCAUAAAGCUCAACUUGGCAUCUGAGUUACAUGAAAUACAGCCAUUGCACGUGCUAAAUUCAGUACACCAGUCUGGUAUCAACUGCUUACAUGUUUCUAAAAUGGAAUGUCGGGGCCCAAAAUCCGAGAGAGCUUACUGUGUCAUAAGUGGUGGGGAUGAUCAGUCUCUGCACUUACUUGGCUUUAGCUUGCAAGUAGAACUGACUGACCAAGGUUGUGAGCGUAGUAAACCAACAUGUAGAAAUCAUAUAGAGGAUGCCACUUGUUAUCACCCAUCAGGUUCUAGCUUUGUCAGGGAGUGCUCUGAUUGCACUGCAGAUAAAGAUAACAAGCUUGAUAUACUUUUUCAAAAUAGGAUUUCAUCAGCCCACAGCUCAGCAGUAAAAGGUGCUUGGACUGAUGGCACUUGGGCAUUCUCUACUGGCCUUGAUCAACGAAUCAGGUGCUGGAAGAUAGAUGAUUCGUGUGGGAUCAGGGAGUGUGCCAGCGUGAUCGUCAGCGUACCGGAGCCAGAGGCACUUGAUGCCAUAAUCUGUGACAGUGAAAGGAACAGGUAUCAGAUUGCAGUAGCAGGAAGGGGCAUGCAAAUGGUCGAGUUCAUCGCAUCUUCUGUUGAAGAUUCAAGCAACCUGUAAUUUCGACAUGGCUUUGUUACUUGUUAGGUUGGUGCUAUUUUUAUUGCAAUAGAACUAAUAUUUUUAUUGCAAUAGAAUCAAUUAAGUGUUUGUCUAUCAAA